UGUAGGAGCAGCAGUAGUGGCAGCAGCUGUAUAGGAGUACUAGCAGCUGUAGGAGCAGUAGCAGUGGCAGCAGCUGUCGGAGCAGCAGCCGUAUGAGCAGUAGGAGCAGCUGUAGGAGCAGUGGCAGCUGUAGGAUCAGCAGCAGCAGCAGCUGAAGGAGCAGGAGCAGUAAGACCAGCAGCAGUAGUAGCAGUUGGGGCAGCUAUAGGGACAGCAUUUGAAGGAGCAGUUUACUGUGGAGGAGAGAGAGAGAGAGCAGCACCCUUCAGGCCGUGGCUGGGCGUGCUCCUACCAGUGAGACCUUUUCGGAGAGAGGGAAGGACGCGGCGCCUGAAGGCACCCCCCGGCCCCCCUCUCCACCCCAGCGUCGACAACCGUGACUCGCACCAUGGAGCGCAUCGGCCCCUCUUGCCCAGCCAACGUCACGGGAUACCCCACUGCCUCCCCCUCCUCCUCCUCCUCCUCCUGCCGCUCUUCUCCCAACGUCUCCGGCAACGACACGGAGGCUGGGCAGGAGGACGCCUCCUCCUCCUCCUCCUUCUCCUCCGCGAGCGCCGUGGUGCUGCCGCUCGUCUACUUCGCGGUGUGCGCGGUGGGCCUCACGGGCAACACCCUCGUCGUCUACGUGGUGCUGCGCUACGCCAAAAUGAAGACGGUCACCAACGUGUACAUCCUCAACCUGGCCGUCGCCGACGAGCUCUUCAUGUUCGGCCUGCCCUUCCUCGCCAUCCAGAACGCGCUCUCCUACUGGCCCUUCGGCUCGCUCGCGUGCCGAAUCGUCAUGGCGCUGGACGGCGUCAACCAGUUCACGGGCAUCUUCUGCCUCACGGCGAUGAGCGUCGACCGCUACGUGGCCGUCGUUCACCCGGCGCGCGCCUCGCGCUGGCGGAGGCCCAUCGUUGCCAAGACGGUGAACGCCGCCGUCUGGGGUCUCUCAAUACUCGUCGCGCUGCCUCUCGUCGUCUUCUCGUACACGAGCCACGCGGGCGACACGUGCAACGUGAACUGGCCCGAGCCGGCGGCCACGUGGUCCACGGCGUUCAUCGUCUACACGACGGCGCUGGGCUUCUUCGGGCCGCUCACCGUCAUCUGCCUCUGCUACCUCCUCAUCGUCGUGCGCGUGAAGUCGUCGGGGGCGCGCGUCGGCGCGGCCAAGCGGCGCGCCUCGGAGCGCCGAGUCACGCUGAUGGUGGUGGUCGUGGUGGCGGUGUUCGUCUUCUGCUGGCUGCCCUUCUACGCGCUCAACAUCGCCAAUCUGGUGGUGGCGCUGCCCGAGGAGCCGGCGCUCGUCAAGAUCUACUCGACCGUGGUGGUGCUGUCGUACGCCAACAGCUGCGCCAACCCCAUCCUCUACGCCUUCCUCUCGGACAACUUCAAGAAGAGCUUCCAGCAGGCGCUGCGCCUGCGCAAAGGCACCACGAGGAUGGCGCGCGCCGCCGAGGGGCAGAGCGAGAGGCGAUCGGCCACCACGGUCCGCUUCGAGGAGGGGCGGCCGGUCGCGCAGGGCGAACGGAACGGCGGCGGCGGCGGCGGUGGCACCGAGGCGGCCGUCUGAGACUCGCGACGCGGGGCGAGCGAGCGAGCGGACGAAACAGACCUCGGCGACGUUUAGAUUUCGUCGUUUGGAAAAGGGCUUUUUGUUGUUGUUGUCGUCGUGGUUGUUGUUGAUUCUCGAAGCCGAACUAUUUACGGUUGACAUAAAAGGAGUCGGUGGCAGGGCGGGGGGGGGAUACCCUCUCGACGUUCGGAGACUCGCGGAGCGCGAACCGACAGGAGAGAUGCCAACUUAGCGGCGUCGUGAUAAAGGAGUUGGGGGGGGGAAACGGAGUUGGGCAAGGGCCAGAGAUUUGUGGUCGUGGUUUAUUUCUUUUUUUAAUUAACGAACUGACUGCAAGACUGCCAGACAGACACACUGACUGAUUGCCAGACAGACUGA